ACGAAGGGAAAGGAGAGAGGAGAGCGCGUGAGGAGUUGCAAGAGUCAUUCUGGGGCUUCGAUUUGCAAAAGCAGGCCCAAACAACUUCCCAGGAUGGAGAAGAAGGAAGGCGCUCCUGUGAAGAGCAGCAAGAGCCAAGCCACAAGUCUGGCUGCGCUGGUUGCACGUAUGCAAAAGAAUGCAGACCAGGUAGAGAAGAAUAUACUGCAAUCAGAGGAUCUGAUGGCAGUGGAUGCAGAAAAUGACAGGAAGGGGAAGCCGCUGAUCCACCAGACGGAGAACGCAGACAACCUGGCAGAAGCUGAGGGGCUGCUGAAAGACCUCUUCCUGGACGUGGACAAAGCCAAGAGGCUGCAGCACCCACAGGCAGCUGAAAUAGAGAAAGAUGUGAGGAACCUCCACGACCGCUGGGCUAAAGACUGUACCACCUUCCGGGACCUGUAUGAGCAGGUCCAGGACUUGGUGCGGACUUCCAAGAUUGACUGGGGUCCUUUACUGGAUGAAAAAGAGAAACAAAUGAAGGCGGAGGAAUACGGCCCUCAGAUAUCUGACGUAGAGAAGCAGAUUGCAUCCCACAACAUCCUGCACCAGGAGAUAGAGGCCUAUAAUGCCCAGCUAGACCCCAACAGUACCACCUCACAGGAGCAGUAUACUAUCAUCAAGGAGAAAUAUGCUAAACUUUUGGAGAGCUCCCAGAAGAGGCGGAACUACCUGGCCUCUCUGUAUGACUACCUCCAGAGCUGCAGUAAGGAGCUGGUCUUCCUGUCAGACCAACAGGAGAAGAUCCUCCAGAGAGACUGGAGUGACCGCAUGGUUGACCCCCCAGGGGUCCGCAUGGCGUAUGAGAAAUUCAAAAAUAAUGGACUGCUAACGCAUGAGAGUGAGGUCAACCAGCUCCAGGAGGAGGGAGAGCAUCACAUUAAAAUGAAACACCCUGGCAGCCCAACAAUACUGGCUCACAGAGAUGCUGUGCUGGCUGAGUGGCAAAGCUUCCUCAACUUGUGCAUCGCAAAGGAGACGCACUUGGACAACAUUGAGGAGUACAGGAAGUUCCAGCUUGAUGCAGAGACCUUGUCUGACUCACUGAAGAGACUCAGCUCCACUCUAGACCCAAAGUCUUUGGCCAACAAGAGCAAUCCUGAGGUCCUGAUGGCACUGGAGGGAGAUGAACCAGCAGUAAAGCGGAAUGAGGAGCGCCUGACUGCCCUCAAGGAGCUGAGCAAAUCUGUUGUGCCGCUGAAGCUGCGGCGAAUCCAGCCCACCCAGCCCACCACUGUACUGUCCCUGUGUGAGUGGACAGAUGAAGAGGAUGCAGUGAGACGUGGUGAUGAGCUGAAACUUAAGUCCAACGCCGAUAAAAUGAACUGGGUGGUUGAGACCAGCAGCGGGAGGACCAAGACCCUGCCUGGGGCUUGUUUCCUGAUCCCACCACCUGACAGUGAGGCCCAGGAUAAAGUGGAUAGUCUGGACAGAGAGCUGACAGACCUGAAGAGGCGCCGGUCUUCCCUGAUGGCCUCCUUGAAAGGCCCCAGUGUGGAAGUAGUUCGUCCACAGAAAGCAGCUGCUGUGGCCAGUGCUCCAGAAGACCCUAGAGCUGCAGCGCUGGCCAGCGACCUAGACAAAAUCAGUAAAGACCUGGACCAGAGUGAGAAGGAAAUCACAGGCCGACUGAGGGCCCCACUGGACAACCGUAGCCCUACACAAGACCUGGCCCAGAGACUGAGAGAGCAUGAGAAAGCUGUGCUGACUGUGAGGAAGCUGGAAGCUGAAAAGGCUGCAGUCCAGAGAGAGAUGGAGCCCAUUCUUGCCAAGAAGCCUCUGGGGCCCACCGCCUCCACCCUGCCUGCCAAACUCAGUGCUGUUAACAAAAAGAUUGAUGACAUCAACUCCCUUGCUGAGCUUUACAAUAAAAAAGCUACAGCCUCCAUGUUCCUAGAGAAGCAGAUCAAGAAUGUGGAGGGUAUUGUCUCUGGGUUUGAGGAGCAGCUUGCUAAGGAUGGUGCGAUCCCUGACACACCUAAAGCCCUCCAGACACGCAGUCAGCAAUUACAGGCUAUUCGUAGAGAUGUUGCAUCAAAGAAGGAUGAGAUGCAUAAAUUGGGCAAGGAUUUGGAGCUGACAGAGCAAGCAUGCAGCUCCCUGCAGAAGGGCUUCCAGGAGUACUGCCCUGACAUCCGCCGCCAGGAGACUGAGGUGAAGCACCUGAAGAAUCGUUACAGUAACCUAAACAAUCAACUGCAGGACAGGUCUGCACUGAUUCAAGAGGCAACAAACAAAAACCAAGGAUUCGAGAGUGCUGUUCAGUCUCUGAACUUCUUCUUGGUUAAUCUGCCCAACAAUAAGAUCAAACCCACUGAUGGUGUGGCACAGAUAACAUCCAAGCAGAACAUGCAGAAGAAAGUGAUGGAGGACAUCAAGAGGAAAUCAGAUGAGGUAGACCGAGUUAAGGAUCUGUCCUGUGACUUGCAGAAUGUCCUGAAUGAGUAUGAAACUAAGUCAAACAUGUAUCGUGGCACUCUGCAUGAUGAUGAUGAUGAUGAUGAUGAUGAAUCAGUGGCCAAGAGACGUCACACCUCAACUAUGGCUGAUGCUGUGCAGAGAAAAGAAAGAGAUCUUCUGAACCUGUUCUCAGAGGUUUCUGCUGAAAAUGACCAGCUACUCAGUCAGCUGGGGGUGGCAAAGUACAUCAAGGCCAAGAAUGAAGAUAAGGUUAGCCAGGUAGUGGUCAGUCAACAGCAGCAGUUGCAGAGCAAGAGAAAGAGCCUGGAGCAGACUGAAAGUCUGAAGAGAGAACUGAAUGAGGAGAUUGAAAGGCGCACACAUGCUGAAAGUGACCUGGAGACUUACAGGAGGAGGUUCUUGUCUCUGAGGAGUAGGAGAGGUGUGGAGAGGUUGGAGGAGAAGGAAGUGGUGCAGUACUACCGCGACCCCAAACUGGAGCGUGAACUGGAGUCCUUGAAGAACAAGGUCCAAGAUGAGUCUGUGAAGAGGUCAGGAACCCGUUCAGAGAUAGAGCUUAUCAACGAGAAGAUUAUCAAACUGGAGACACAGCUGACCAGAGUUGAACCUAAAUUGGUGACCAAGGUACUGACAGAAUAUGAGAGAGACCCCCAGCUCGACAAAGAAGCCUCCAGGAUAAGAGAUGAGAUGCACAGAAUAAGGAAGGAACUCACAACAAGAGAUACAGAGACAGUCCAUGUGAAAACCGAGCUAACAGUUUUGGCACAGCAGGCACCAAAAAUCAAGCAGAGGGUGGUUCAGAAGGAAGUAGUGAGGCUCGAAAAGGAUCCUGAGAUGCUGAAAGCUGUCCUCACAUUCCAGAAUAAAAUUGCAGAAGAGGGAUCUCGAUGCAAGACACUCAACGAUGAGAUUUUCAGCACAAGGAGUAAAAUAAACACAUUAGAGAGGGUCAUUCCCACCAUCCAGCCCAAGGUUGUCACCAAGGUUGUGAAGAAAGUGCAAGAAGAUCCAGAACUGGUGGAGGAGUCAAGGAAACUACACUUCUCCUUGGAGGAAGAGAAAGAUGAAAUUGUUAUCUUGAAGAAGGACCUGAUGACCCUUCAGCUACGUUAUGGAGAGGUUGAGAGGCUGAAGCCUAAAGUGGAGGUCAAUGAGAAAAUACAUGAACUUUACAGAAUUGACCCUGAGACAGAGGUAGAGCUUGUACGGCUGAGGAAAGACCUGCAAGACUCCACCCGACACCAUACAGACCUGGAGAAAGAAAUCAACGUAGUGGUAGAAAAUCUCAAUACACUGCGUUCCCAGAAACCCAAAGUUGAAUACAAAGAGGUGACUCAGGAGGUCAUCAAAGAAGAGAAAAGCCCAGAAAUCAUGAGAGAAUUACAGAGGCUGAACAACCAGCUUUCCCGACUGCAGGUCAACUAUGAUUCCAUUCUAGAGCUGCUGAGCCGCCUACGUAAAGAGAGAGAUGAGUGGAAAGCUGAAAAAUCCAAGGUGGAGACAAAACUGGUAAAUAAAGAGCUCAUCAAAUAUGAGAAUGACCCUCUGCUCGAAAAAGAGGCUGACAGACUGAGGAGAGAUGUGAGAGAGGAGAUUCAGAAUCGGCGCUUGGUGGAGGAAUCUGUCUUUGACCUUCAAAACAAAUACAUUAUCCUUGAAAGACAGAAGCCAGAAGAAAGGAUCAUAACACAGGAAGUGGUACGUCUGCAGAAGGACCCCAAACAGAUCCUGGAGCAUGAUAAGUUGAACACAAGCUUGGAUGAUGAAGUUAAAGCCCGUAGAAAACUGGAAUUAGAGGUUAGACAGCUCAGAGCCUUGGUUCAAGAAAAAGAGAGUGCUUUGGCACAGAUGGAUGAUCGUCAGAAGAAGAUCCUAGUAGAGACAGAACUUAGGACCAUCAAAUCUCGUAUUUUUGAACUGGAGAAUGCUCCACCACCCAUUGAAGAGAAGAUUGUCAUUGAGGAGGUCCUCAAAGUGGAGAGGGACCCCAAGCUGGAAAAAUUAACUGAUGAUUUACGUGUCAACCUGGAGGCUGAGGGUACCAAUAUCAGUCGCCUAGAAAGAGAAAUCCGUAACCUCAAGAUCAGGUUGGACAUUCUGCAGAAAGAGAAGUCUGUUGAAAAGGUUGUUUACAGAGAAGUUGUUCGUGUGGAGAAAGACCCAGCAGUAGAGGCUGAGAGGGAUCAUCUCAGAGAACUAGUGAUGCAGGAGAGAAAUCUCAGGAGGGACCAGGAGGACAACAUUCAAAAUAUCAACUCUAAAAUGACCCGUCUGCACACGUCUAAGUCUGUCUCUUCUCAGGAAGAAACAACUCUCAUUCUUAAUCGAGAUGGUCUGCAGAGAGAGAAGGAUGAUCUUCUCAGAGAGCUCAAAACACUAGAGUCUGAACGACAGAACAUUAACUUAACUUUCCAGCAACAGUCUAAGUUGAUGAGUGAGAGAAACCAGCUGACCCGGCAGAGGAGUCUCAAGAUGGAGUCUGAGAUCCAACGUUUGGAGAGAGAUAUCCUGAAAGAAAAAGACAAAAUACACCAAAAGGAAGUCUUAAUCAUUGAGCUACAGAACAACUUGAAGAAAGAGGAUCACUCUGAAACUCACACCAGAGAGACAAACAUCUCCACUAAGAUAACCAUUCUGGAUCCAGAGACUGGUAAAGACAUGGCUCCCUAUGAUGCCUACUUGCAGGGGCUAAUUGACCGCAACCAGUACAUUCACCUGCAGGAGUUGGAAUGUGACUGGGAGGAAAUCACUUCAAUGGGUCCCGAUGGGGAGACAUCAAUUCUGCAGGAUCGCAAGAGUGGGAAGCAGUUCUCUGUCAAGGAUGCUCUGAACAGUGGUCGCUUGACCCAGUAUGACUUAAUGCGCUAUAAGGAGGGGAAAAUGCCCAUCUCUGAAUUUGCCCUCCUGGUUGCUGGAGAAAUCAAAAAGCCCCAUAUUCCUCCAGUGAUAACUCCAAGAUCUCCCAUUAAAGCCACUCCAACUUCUCCAUUGAACUCCAUGCCAAGUUCACUGAGGACCUCCUACCCAAACCUCAACUCUCAAAAUAGCAGCAGUUUGACCAACUUGACUGUUUCAACGGGUGAGGAGUUCUACCCCAUCUCUGGUAUUUUUGACAAUACCACUGAAAGCCGCAUGUCCGUGAGAAGCGCCCUGACCCGCAAACUCAUCGAUGCUGACACAGCUCUGAAGCUUCUUGAGGCACAGGCAGCAACAGGUGGCAUUGUUGACCUUAACAGAAAGGACAAACUGUCCGUUCACAAGGCGGUGGAGCAGGGUCUCAUUGACUCAGGCCACAUGUAUAAGCUUCUGAAUGCACAGAAGGCCUUCACUGGCGUAGAGGAUCCUGUCACCAAGGAGCGUCUCUCAGUGGGACAGGCAGCAGAGAAAGGCUGGAUUCCUCAAGAUAGUGCCAUGAGGUACAUGGAAGCACAGUAUCUGACUGGAGGACUGGUGGAUCCCUCCAGAGCUGGGCGCCUCAGCAUCCCAGAUGCUAUAGCUGACAAGUUGAUUGACAGCACAACAGCUAAAGACCUGCAGGAUGAGUCUAACCACACAAAAGAACUGGUGGAUCCCAUCACUAAAGAGAAGAUAACAUACAAGCAGGCAAUGGAUCGUUGUAAGAAGGAUAAGACCACAGGGCUCUUGCUGCUUCCUGCAGCCUCCACUGAUUCCAGAAAUGCUCCAUCAUACUCAAACUAUCGCUUCAAUUCCUCUCUGAGCCAAGUCUAGGUGUGCAGUUUAAGAAAUAGCACAUCAUUUACAUCUUCAUAGCCUUUUUUCUUAUGAAACUGUGCAUGUAUAUCUGUUCUUUUUCAAUACUAUUUCAGGAACUGCUAGGAAUGCAAUAAACAUUAGAGGGUAAUGUUUGUACAGUAAUGCUUUAUUGGUUUUUCAGUAUUCUUGGGCUUAAAGGCAAUUCAAACACCAUUUGAUAUGUGCUCAUUAAACUGCUCGAGCCUUA